UAGUCUUUUUAUUACCUCGUUUGACAACAUUGAUAGACCUGUUGCUUUGCCAAUUAGUGCUUUCCUAAUCGCUUCUUCAAUCUCCUCGCAGGAUAUGGGAUCUUCAAGGGAGCUAAAGAUCCUUUGA